GUGCUGGCAGCGCACUUUCAGUUGGAUUCUGAACGAGGCAGCGACAACAACGGGACAAAAACAUUUGGAGCAGCCAACGGACACAGAGGACGCCAGCCCAGGAUGAUGAUGAGGAUGAUGAGUAUGAGUGGACAGAAGGAGUGCUAGCAAAACUAGCUCAGUGUAGUGUGUAUGUGUGUGUGUGUGUGCUUGUGUGCGUGAGUGUGCGUGCAACAUACAUGCAUACAUACUAAACCCAGCCAGUCAGCUAGCUGGAUUUGUUGUGCUCUGUCAAUGUAUUUGUGCUGUUGACUGCGACUCCGACUGCGACCCGUUGUGCAAAAGUGUGGAAAAGUGUGCGCGUGUAUAACUGUGACCGCGUGUACGUGUGUGUGUGUGUGUAUGUAUGUAUGUGUGUGUGCCAUGCAUCAUUUCUGUCUUCCUCGGCGAGUCAUGCAUGAAAGCUAAGCUAAGCUAAGACUGCCCCACCAUCCAACACCAGUAGCACCACCAUCAGCAAUUUGUGUGAGGCCUGAGCCUCGAGUUUUGAUUUGAGGCUGCUUGACGCACAGCUUGAGCCAGCGGCCACAUCCGUCGCCCUGGCGUCGUUUUGUGAGCGCGGCUUAAUGCCGGACUCGAUGAUGGAUAUGGAGCAUCGGGAUCAUCAGCUGCAUCGACAUCAGCAGCCGCAGCGUAUCGUUGCCACAACAAGCACAAGCACAUUUGCACCACCGGCGCCAGCGCCAACAUCAACAUCAGCCGUAGCAAGUAAUGAGCACAGGGAUCGGGAUAGGGACCAUCAGCUGCCCAUAACGGGUACGCCUAGCAUGCAACAUCACCAACUCCAGCCGCAGCAGCAGCAGCAGCAACCCGUCAUGCAACAGCAACAGCAACAGCAGCAGCAACCCGUGAUGCAACAACAACAACAGCAGCCGCCACCUCCGCAGCUAAGAGAACGUGAAAAUCACCACCAGCAGCCGCAGCAGCAGCAGCAACAGCAACAGCAGCAGCAGUUGCCCCUGCCACACAGUCAUCAUGCACUUAUGCAGCAGUCGCAUCAGCAGCAGGCGAUACACAGAGCCGAGCAGCGACGAGAUACACAAGCAAAACAUUCACAUGGAUUUCUCUAUUCGGACGAGGAAAUCAGCGACAAAGCUUCAACAUGCGGCAAGUUACUGAUAUUUUUAUCCGUGGCACUUGUGAUAAUGACGCUGCCCUUCAGUCUCUUCGUCUGCUUCAAGGUGGUGCAGGAGUACGAGCGCGCAGUUAUCUUUCGUUUGGGUCGCCUUAUGCAGGGUGGUGCAAAGGGUCCAGGCAUCUUUUUCAUCCUGCCUUGCAUUGACUCGUAUGCACGAGUGGAUCUGCGUACUCGCACCUACGAUGUGCCGCCGCAGGAGGUGCUCACAAAGGAUAGCGUUACGGUUUCGGUGGAUGCAGUGGUUUACUAUCGGGUAUCAAAUGCAACCGUCUCUAUAGCGAACGUGGAGAAUGCUCACCAUUCGACCAGACUACUGGCACAGACUACUCUACGAAACACAAUGGGAACUCGGCAUUUGCAUGAGAUACUCAGCGAGCGUAUGACGAUUUCCGGCACCAUGCAGGUUCAGCUCGACGAAGCCACCGAUGCUUGGGGCAUCAAAGUUGAACGUGUUGAAAUCAAGGAUGUGCGUCUGCCGGUGCAACUGCAACGUGCGAUGGCCGCUGAAGCGGAGGCAGCUCGCGAGGCACGCGCCAAAGUUAUUGCCGCCGAGGGCGAGCAGAAGGCGUCCCGAGCACUCCGCGAGGCAUCCGAGGUGAUUGGCGAUUCACCGGCAGCACUGCAGCUGCGCUACCUGCAGACACUCAACACCAUAUCCGCUGAGAAGAACUCGACGAUUGUAUUCCCGCUGCCCAUCGAUUUGAUAACGUAUUUCCUGAAAACAUCCGAGGCAACCACGCAACAGAAUGCGGCAGCUGCGGCAGCGGCCCAACAGCAGAUGCAAAUGCAGCAGCAGCAAAUGCAGAUGCAGCAGCAGCAAUUCCAGCAACAACAAGCUCAGCUGCCACUGCAAAUACAGCAGCAACCGCAACAACUGCAACUGCAACAGCCGCUGGCGCUGACGCCCCAGCAACAACAGCCACCAACAGUGCCGCAGCAACAACAACAAUACCAGCAGACGCAACAAAUCUCAUCAGCCAUGUAAAAUGGUUAAAUAAUUAUGGUUUCGGCAUUGCCGAAUAUUGAAUGCACUUCACAGAAACAGAUAGAAGAAAAUAAAUAAUAAAAACUCAAAAAAGGAGCGCGCAACUUAAAGCUGCAACACUGCCAUGUUGUUUAACAUAGCCUUAACAUACUGUCAAGCAGCAGUACAUUAGGGGUGCUCAGGAUUUCGUGCAGCGCAUUCGACACCCACACGUACACGCACACAAACAGACACACCCACACACACAUAAAGAACACAAUGACCAGCAAUUUUAGAUAUAGACACCAAUAAGUGCGAUUCGUAUCCGGUUCCAAAUCUUGGAAUUUUCGCGAUAUAACGUCCUUAUAUAACAAACAACAACAAAAAAAAGUUAUCACAUACAUAAAAAAUACACAUUUCCGGGUACAUGUUGAAAUGCCAGUGAAAAAUUCUAAAACCAACCAGUUUUGAAGAUAUCAAAAUGGAUUGGAUGAUAGCUUUUGUCUGUCUUUCUAUCAGCCAAUGCAACUUGAGAUAAUCGAAAAUGGUUGGUUUGGUUUUGAAUUUUUGUAAAUCUGCUGUUUAGCAUGACUCGAAGUUGAUGUUUAGAAGUGCUUAUGGUAAAUGUUAUAUUAACACUUAUUAAAACUUAAAUCUAUAUAUAUAUAUACACACAAAUACACUUACACUUACACUACACUACACUACACCUACACAUAAAUGUACCGAUUGUGAUAAAAAACAAUUUGUACCGUUAUUUGAAACCCUGAAUUUGCGAAAAAUCUUUAUGGACAAAGAUUUAAAUACAUUUAAAUACUCAGAAAUUUACUUGAUCGUAUAGAGAUUAACAUAUAAAAUAACUUUAUCUUAAUUUAAUUAAAAAAGUCGCAUGCACCUAUGUAUCAGCGGCCAAUUCAGAGGGAAUUGGCGUUCUACUCAGUUCAUACUCAGUACUAUAUAUCUACAUGGAUAAUACAGUCUGUGGAUAUUGCCAGCCGUUGGUGGCAACAGCAAAACUCAGAUAGCUGCAAAGCCCAAGACUUUUAUGUAACCGAAUCAAGGUGGUAAAGAAAAGACCGAACUGCUUACCCAUUACUCAGAUAGAACUCUAUAUAUACUCUAUAUAGUGCUAUUAUAGUAUUGAUACAUAUAUAGUACACAUAUUCUUGCAUGUGAGUUUGGUUUCACGGGAUGCAGAAGCCAGUUAGUUGGAUAAUAUUCCGUCGCUAUUGGCUUUUAUCAACAUCGCAUUCGGCGAAAUACACAAUUGCAAUUGCGUAGAUAGCAUCUUUUGGGGAUGUCUCUUCUCAAUUGGCAGUUGGCUCAAAACACAUGUAAAUACAAUUUUAAAAUGAUUCAUAAAACAAUUUCAAUAAAUAAAUAUGUCAGCUUACAGGUUUAAAACAUUGAUUAAAAAAUAAUAGAAAAAUUAUAUACAUACAAAUAAAAAAAGAGCAAUACGUAUUAAGGUAUUGUAAUUUUUGCCUUUGAAAAAUUUUUAAAUGAAACGAUUUCAAUAUUACUUAUAUACUUAUAUAUAUAUAUUAGAAACAAAAAAAGUACAAUAAAAACGCAACUUUUUUGGUAUCCAAAAAAGAGUAAAACCCAAAGA